AUGGGGAGGGCACCAUGCUGUGACAAGGCAAAUGUGAAGAAAGGGCCAUGGUCACCUGAAGAAGAUGCCAAGCUGAAGGAGUACAUUGAGAAAUCUGGCACUGGUGGCAACUGGAUUGCUCUCCCUCAGAAAGCUGGUUUGAAGAGGUGUGGGAAGAGCUGCAGGCUGAGAUGGCUCAACUAUCUGAGACCAAACAUCAAGCAUGGUGAAUUCUCUGAUGAGGAAGACAAGAUCAUCUGCACCCUCUUUGCCACCAUUGGCAGCAGAUGGUCAAUAAUAGCAGCACAGUUACCAGGCAGGACUGACAACGAUAUCAAGAACUACUGGAACACCAAGCUGAAGAAGAAGCUUAUGUCCAUGGCUCCUCCUCCUCCUCCUUCUCACUCUCACUCUCAAUUCCCCUCAUACCACCAUCAUCAUCAAAGAAAACCAUUCCCAUCUCCAUCUCCAUCUUCACUCCUUUACUCCCCUCUUUCUGCACCACAAACUUCUCCAUUCAUGAAAUCUUCCACUGGUUUCGACAUGAUCUCACCGUUGCUCCAAUCCAAUCAUCUCCUCGCUACCACGAACUCCUCCUCCCUUUUCCAAUCCCUUCAAGAAGCUGGAAACAACAACAACACUUUCUUGAACACCAUGCAAUACUACAACAACAACAGCAACAACAACAGCUGCUGCAGCAGCAGCAGCAACUUAUUGGUGUUUGGAAGUGGCGGCACUCAGCAGGAAGCAUCUGCAGGAGCCAGUUGCAGUUCCAACUCCGACGGGAGCUGUGGCGGCCAGCAAGGGCUCAACUAUGGGACGAGUUUCAUCAAGCAGGAGAUCAUUGGUAGCAAAGGAGAUCAAGGGUUUCAUCACAGUAAGUUCAUGUUCAACUAUCUUCCCACAAACAUCAGCAGCAACGGUGGUGGGUAUGAAGCAGCUAUGGCGGAUCAUCAUCAUAAUCAGAAUCUUGAGGAGCAAGUGAAGCAGCUCAUCAUCACGCAGAGUUCUAGUGAUGAUAUGAUUAGCAACAACAACAACAAGAGUUGUAGUGAUGAGUAUGACAAUAAUGCCCUUCUCCUCGGUAAUGUUGUUGAUGACAGCAGCAAGGAUGUGCAGGAGAAGCUCAUGUACUAUUACUACUAG